GGGUGUUUCGAGUCUUGUUUGAUUUUCCCUAGUUGCCGCCGCUGCCACAGGAUAGAAAUUUCUCUUCCCCUCUCUUCCUAAGAAAUCUUGAACAACAUCAAUAAAUGGGAACUUUGAAGAGGAAGUCAGGCGAUGUGGCAUUCUCUGAGUCUCCUCCGCCGCUGCAGAAGAAGAUACAUCACGGUGGAGACGCCUUGGCGUUGACGGAGGAAGCCGCCGGAUGUGUUCAUGAUGUUUCAUAUCCCGAAGGUUAUGUUCCUUCUGCUUCCACCGCAAACCUUCCACCUGACUCUAAACCCGCCAAGGAGUUUCCUUUCGCGCUUGACCCCUUUCAGUCUGAAGCUAUCGCUUGCCUCAAUAAUGGCGAAUCUGUCCUGGUAUCGGCACAUACAUCAGCAGGAAAAACUGUGGUAGCUUUAUAUGCAAUUGCCAUGUCUUUGAAGAAUAACCAACGUGUUAUAUAUACUUCACCUAUUAAGGCUCUCAGCAACCAGAAGUAUAGGGAGUUUAAAGAGGAGUUUUCUGAUGUUGGUUUGAUGACUGGAGAUGUUACCAUCGACCCUAAUGCUUCGUGCUUGGUGAUGACCACGGAAAUCUGGCGUAGUAUGCAGUAUAAAGGGUCCGAGAUUGUUCGUGAGGUGGCAUGGGUUGUUUUUGAUGAAGUGCAUUACAUGCGUGAUCGUGAGAGGGGUGUUGUCUGGGAAGAGAGUAUUGUUAUGGCGCCAAAGAAUUCUCGGUUUGUAUUUCUUUCAGCAACUGUGCCUAAUGCGAAGGAAUUUGCUGACUGGGUAGCAAAGGUUCACAAGCAACCAUGUCACAUUGUUUACACUGAUUAUCGGCCAACCCCACUUCAGCAUUAUAUUUUCCCUGCUGGAGGUGAUGGUCUAUUUUUGGUGGUAGAUGAGAAAGGGAAAUUUCGUGAGGAUAGUUUUCAGAAAGCUUUAAAUGCGCUAGUUCCUACAAGUGAAAGUGACAAGAAAAGAAAUAAUGGCAAGUCACAGAAGGGUUUAGUGAUGGGAAAAGUCAGUGAACAAAGUGACAUCUUCAAGUUGGUGAAAAUGAUCAUUCAGCGUCAAUACGACCCUGUGAUAAUUUUCAGCUUUAGCAAAAGGGAAUGCGAAUUUCUAGCAAUGCAGAUGGCAAAGAUGGAUUUAAAUGAUGAUGAUGAGAAAGGAAAUGUAGAAACAAUCUUCUGGAGUGCCAUGGAUAUGCUUUCUGAAGAUGAUAAGAAGCUACCUCAGGUGUCAAACAUAUUACCGCUUUUGAAACGUGGAAUUGGUGUGCAUCACUCUGGUUUGCUUCCCAUUCUAAAGGAAGUGAUUGAGAUAUUAUUUCAGGAAGGACUGAUUAAGUGUUUGUUUGCCACAGAGACCUUCAGUAUUGGGUUAAACAUGCCUGCUAAAACCGUCGUGUUUACAAAUGUUCGUAAAUUUGAUGGGGACAAGUUUAGAUGGAUAUCCAGCGGAGAAUACAUACAGAUGAGUGGCCGCGCUGGUCGUCGAGGUAUUGAUGCACGUGGGAUAUGCAUUCUUAUGGUGGAUGAAAGGAUGGAACCAUCUACGGCUAAAAUGAUGCUCAAGGGAAAUGCUGAUAGUUUGAACAGUGCCUUCCACUUAAGCUACAACAUGCUAUUGAAUCAAUUGCGUUGUGAAGAUGCUGAUCCUGAAAGUAUGCUUCGUAAUUCAUUUUAUCAGUUCCAAGCUGAUCGAGCAAUUCCUGACCUUGAGAAACAAGUGAAGGCUCUUGAAGAAGAGAGGGAGUCGAUGAUAAUUGAAGAAGAAGAUAGUUUGAAAAAUUAUUAUAAUCUGAUUCAGCAAUACAAAAGUUUGAAGAAUGAUAUUCGUGAUAUUGUGUUUUCUCCAAAGUACUGUUUACCCUAUAUGAAAUCUGGAAGGCCUAUAUGUAUAAAGUGCAUUGAUGAUGAAACAUCUCCAUCUUUCUCUAUUGAGGAUCAUGUUACCUGGGGUGUUUUAAUGGACUUUCAUAGAGUAAAAAGUAUUAUUGAAGAUGAUGCCAAUAAAAGACCAGAAGAUGCAAGUUAUGCCCUUGAUAUUCUUACAAGGUGCAAUGUGAGCAAAGAUGGGCUUGGGAAGAAAACAAUUAAGAUUGUCCCUUUGAAAGAGCCUGGGGAACCUCUUGUUGUUUCUGUGCCUCUCUCUCAGGUUACUAUUUUAAGUAGUGCACGCUUGACCAUACCGAAAGAUCUUCUGCCUAUAGAAGCACGAGAGAAUGCCUUGAAGAAGCUUUCAGAAUUUAUAUCUUUGUUUUUUUCUUUCUACUACUGUUACUUCUAGUAUUAUUCCUAUUUUCAGUUAUUGAAUGAUUUUUCAUUUUUUCAGAUUCAAAGCAACUCGUAUAAAAAGGCUGUCCGUAGGUUGGAGGCAUUAGAGAGCCUGUUCGAAAAACAUGAAAUUGCAAAAUCCCCGCUUAUAGAGCAAAAGCUUAAACUGUUAAACAGGAAAGAAGAAUUGACAUCCAAGAUCAGAUCAAUUAAGAAAACAAUGCGUUCUUCCACAGUAUUGGCUUUUAAAGAUGAGCUUAAGGCCAGAAAACGGGUUCUAAGGAGGCUAGGAUAUAUUACAAGUGAUGAUGUUGUUGAAUUGAAGGGCAAGGUUGCUUGUGAGAUCAGUAGUGCUGAUGAGUUGACUCUGACUGAGCUUAUGUUCAGUGGGGUUCUGAAAGAUAUAAAGGCAGAAGAAAUGGUCUCUCUUCUCUCUUGUUUUGUUUGGCAGGAGAAGCUCCAAGAUGCUGCAAAGCCCAGGGAGGAACUAGAGCUGCUCUUUACACAACUACAGGAUACAGCACGGAGGAUGGCUAAAGUUCAGCUUGAAUGCAAGGUUCAAAUUGAUGUGGAAAGCUUUGUAAGUUCAUUUCGGCCUGACAUUAUGGAAGCUGUAUAUGCUUGGGCCAAAGGAUCCAAGUUCUAUGAGAUUAUGGAAAUUACACAGGUUUUCGAGGGCAGCUUAAUAAGAGCCAUCAGACGACUGGAAGAAGUUCUUCAGCAGCUUAUUUUAGCAGCCAAGUCCAUUGGAGAGAGAGAUCUCGAAUCAAAAUUUGAAGAGGCUGUCUCUAAAAUUAAACGAGACAUAGUAUUUGCAGCAUCUCUGUACUUGUAGUUCAGUUGCAUCUCU